AUAGUUUAAGAAUGCAUUGGCCAAAUCCUCCUUUUAUGUUCUCGUCUUCCUCAAAAGGUUUGAAAACAAACGCUAAUUUUGAGAAUCCAUAUGGUUCGUUCCGUUUUCAAAUCGUUUCUAAAUCUUCCUAAAACUAUAACUAAUAUCUCCAUAUUAACACCUUCUUUUUAUCGCCCAAAUUCGAUCUCCAUUUCUCGCUCAUACUCAACUCCAAGAAUUUAUUUAUCAGUUGGCAAGAAAAUUGGGUCAUUGUUUUCUGUGCCCGUUGGAGAGCAAUUUCAAGAAUUUGGGUCGUUAUUUUCAGCUAAAUACAGCACUAAUGGCGAUGGAAAUGUUGAUACGGGAAUUGGUGGAAGAGAGUACUUGUUGAUGUCGGAUGAGGAGUUGAUGAAGCAGUGUGAAUUGAGCACUUUCAAGGCUUCAGGUCCUGGUGGACAGCACCGCAACAAGCGUGAAUCUGCUGUGCGUUUGAAGCAUAGCCCAACAGGGAUUAUUGCUCAGGCUGUGGAGGAUAGAUCCCAACACAUGAAUCGUGCGUCUGCUUUAUCUCGAUUGCGAGUGUUACUGGCACUUAAAGUUAGGAACAACAUAGAUCUUGAUACAUAUACACCUCCUCAAGAGCUGCUUCAAAUUCUUCCUCCCAAAUCAACAAUCAGGGGAUCAAAUUGUGGCCCUCAAAUUGGACCAAACAAUCCCAAAUUUGCUUUGGGAAUGCAAGCUUUACUGGACCUACUUUUUGCUGUUGAGGGCUCGGUAUCAGAUGCUGCAAAAAAGUUGGGGUUGAGCACAGGGGCUUUAUCAAGGUUGCUAUUAUCUGAUGAUAAUCUCAGAAUGGCUGUGAAUGAGUUCAGAGCAUCCAAGGGUAUAAAGCCUCUAAAAUAGGACUCGUUCGUGAUGUUAGCAUCCUCGGGUACUAUUGCUCUUCAUUUCCAUUCGCGAUAGCAAGCUUCAGGUGCUGGUGGUGGUGGCAGUUUCAGAUUCAUACAGUUGCAUAAACAAUGUAUGCUUAUUUACAUUUGUUUCGGGAAACAAGUAGUGCUAGUGAGUCUGACUAUGUUUUGGCAUUAGGCUUGCUGCUGUGUUUCUCAAGCAAGGCAGAUGGUGUUGUGCAUUGGUGGCUGGAAAAGUCCAGCAAGAUCUGAUUGUAAAUUCCUUUUUCUUCUUGUUUUCGUUGGUUUUAUGUUGGUUUACAUUGUGGAUUAAUUACUGAUUAGGGUGAUAUUGAAUGGACAAAAUAAUAUAUGGUGUAUAUUUGAGAUAGCUUCCAGGGAUUAGUUAUUGAUUACUUCUCUGA